AUGAGUUUACGCCUCGCUAGCCGCCGGCUAGCACUCCCAGGCGCCCCUUGUCCAGUCCGGCCCUCGCUCCCCAGCGCCCGCGGCGGCAUAAGCACCACGCAGAUGCGCACCAAAUGGUCCGUCAACAUCUUCAAGGGCUGGGGCCGGCCCGGCGCAAAGGACUCCCCCUCGUCCAAGGCGGCCCAAGACGCCACCGCGGAGCUCGACGACCCCAAGAAGCGGGCUGCCUUUCUCGAGCGAAACAUGCACGGCUCCGUGUCGGACAACAUCUUCCAGGAGGAAAUCGACGCCGCCGGGCCCUCGUCUGCUCGGGAGGCGGCCGCCCAGAAGGAACAGCAGGAACAGCAGCUGGAGCAAAAGACCCGCGAAAACAUGGCCAUGGUGACGGACCCCGACCCCAGGAGCAGAAUGCGCUGGCAGCGCAGAAAAGUAAUCCAGAUGGUGCGCAGCAACGGCGCCGUCUCCAAGGAGGACCGGAUCAAGGCGACGGAGCGGCAGCUCCUGCACAGGAGCCACUUCAUGCCGACGAGCGUCAAGAAGCUGGUCAUGCUGUCGAGACAGAUUGCCGGCAAGCCCGUCGACGAGGCGAUUUCGCAAAUGCAGUGGUCCAAGAAGAAGAUGGCCGCCGAGGUCAAGUAUUACCUGGAGGAGGCCAGGGACUUGGCCAUUGCGCAGAGGGGCAUGGGUCUGGGCAAGGUCAACGGGGAGGUGCUCGACAAGCCCAGGAAGAUAUUCACGAGGGAGGGCAAAUGGGUUGAGGUGACGGACCCGACGCGCAUGUAUGUCGCGCAGUCUUGGGUUGGGCGUGGACCGUGGCGAGGCAAGGAGAUUGAUUACAAGGGCCGUGGGAGAAUGGGCGUUAUUCAACACCCUAGUACAAGCUUCACAGUUCUGUUGAAGGAGGAAAAGACGAGAAUACGAGAGCAUGAGGAACGAGAGGCUAAGAAGGCUGCCAAGGGACCCUGGGUUCACCUGCCCAACCGCCGUAUCCACGGACAGCGACCCUACUACUCAUGGUAA